UUAGACGCGUUCGCGUGCGGUUCUGUCAGCUCGUCACCCGUUUGUCGUUUACCGUUUGUCGUUUGCCGUUUACCGUUUGUGCGAAUCGGUUAAGAAAUUUAUUAAGCCCAACGUGCGCAUCUCUCGAGUGCAUUUCAAAUAUUCAAAUAGUCAUGCGUCUGCUGCUGUUGCUGUUGAUGGCCCUUCUGGCCGUGGUUCGUGCCCAGCAGGACUAUUGCUUCGGCAAGGACACGGAGCGACUGCAGACGCGUCAGUUUAGCUCGAAGACAGCCUAUCAGAUUGUCAAGGGCACCAACAUGGACAAGCAGUAUCAGGUGCCCGGCUGUGAGCCCAAGAAAAUGUGGAUCUAUCACAGGCACGGCACGCGGCUGCCCAAAACAAAAUUCAUCAAGGAGGCAUCGCGGUUGGAAGAACUACGUGAUUUGAUUGUAAAGAACUAUCGCGUGCUGCAUACAAAGCCGGAUACAAACGCCUUGUGCCCAGCUGAUCUGAUCGCCAUCCAGAUGUGGAAAUGGAAUACCAGCAUUACCGUCGACAAGGACGAGCAUCUGACCAGCCAGGGCUAUGAGGACAUGCGGGGCACUGCCAAGCUCUAUCAGCACUAUUUUCCCACGGUGCUGCCAAACAGAUACAACGACUCCUACUACCUGUUCCGUCACACGGACACCCAGCGUACCACGGAGAGUUUCAAGGGCUUUGCCGAGGGUCUCUUUGGUGGCAGCAAUGUGGCUACUGCCGCGGAUAUACCCGAAAAGGAUCUGCUGCUGCGUCCCUAUGAUUACUGUCCGUUUUAUAAGACCAAAAACUACAAGGGCGCGGGAUCUGAGCAUAAAAUAUAUCGCACAAGCGCCAUAUGGAAUCAGACCAUGGAGGAUAUUGCACGUCGACUUGGUUUCAGAGUUUUGGCCGAGGAUGAUAUCAAGCUGAUGUACGACAUGUGUCGCUACGAGCAGGCCUGGCAGGUGGAUCGGACGAGCGUCUGGUGCGGCGCCUUCUUGCCCGAGCAUGUCACUGUUCUGGAAUACGCUGAUGAGCUCAAGUAUUACUACGGCUCGGGCUAUGGCUUCGAUGAGAACAGACGCUUCAAUUGCCGCGCCGUGCAGGACUUGCUCUCCCGUCUGAGCAGUCCCGUCUCGCCCCAUGUCGUGGCCUAUUUUGGGCACUCGACGGGACUGCAGACGCUGCUCGUGGCGCUGGGCAUCAACGAGGAUAAGGCCAAGCUGCGUGCGGAUAACUUCAAUGCGAAUCGUCGCUGGAAGACCAGCCUAUUGGGUCCCUUUGCAGCCAACUUUGUGGCCGUCAAAUAUAGCUGCCCGGCGCAGCUGGAGAAGGAGAAGGUCGUCUUCUUCCUCAAUCAGAAUGCCGUCGAGCUGGACUGGUGCAAUGUGGGUCUCUGCAACUGGUCGGAUGUGCUGCAGAAGUACAAAACCAUCUCGGAGGCCAACUGCGAUGAGUAUUAUUGUCUGACCGGAGGAGCUGCCAGUCAUGCCUCAAUGCUGGCCGCCGCGUUUCUAGCUGCCAUUGUCUACUUAAUACAUUAGAUUCGACUUGGAUCUGGCACAGAUCUGGCAAGUAUCCGGCGUAGAGCUGACAUCUAUUUGGUAAGAAACUGGCUCUAGGAAAAAGCUGUCUUAGAUCUGCCCAGCACCUGGCCAAGAUCUGGCAAGGACCUGGCUUAAGUCUGGCAAUGAUCUGGCAUAGUUUAGUUUCUAAUUUCUAAUGUACAAAGUUCGUACCAAAAAAAAAAAAUAUAUAUCAAAAGAACAUCGCGAAGAGCUCGCUUUAAGGUGCGCUGGAGGCAUUAAAGUAUUUUUUCAAUAAAUGUAAAUUUUCUACUUUUAACGAGCACAUCCAACACAGCAAUUCGAGAAAAAACUGACACACACACACACAAAUACACACAUGAAUAGCUUUUAAUUAAUUAUUAAAUUCUGCUUGUGGCAACUAAAUACAAAGUUAACAAUUAAAUAGCUUUAUAAACUAUGUAAUUAAAUGACUCUAAGUAAAAUCUGAAUUAUCUUUGCACAGUAUAAUAUGAUAUGUAACAUGUA